GCCGCCUCUUGUGCAUGUAUAAAUACACCUAGAGAGGAGACGCCUUUUUUUUUUUUUUUUUUUUUUUUUUUUAAAGGGGGAAGAGGGAACCCUGGGAGACAGAAAAGUUUUCCCGGAGAUCGAGGCUGAGAGAGAGGAAGAGGGAAAGCAGACCUUCCCGCGCCCUCUGGGGGGGACCAGACUCUGGAGCCUGGAGCCCCGGGGACUAGAGGGGAGGGAAGAGGGAGGAGACUGCUUUUCCUCCGCCCGCUCUACCGCACCCUGCCUGCGGAGGCGCCGGCGAGUUCAGCAAAGGGUUAAGCCAGGGGGAGCAGCCGCUGGCCAGACCCCUGGGCACCGGCCCGGUGUGGACGCGCCACGGGUGCUCCUGCCGAGCCGAACGAAAGGAAAAGUUGGGGGCGAGCCUGCGCUGCAGAGCGCGGUUCAGGGGUUAGCCGCCGGGAGAUCGGCGGGUCGGGGACCAGCAGCCACCUUAACCACCGCCGCCGCCUUCGCCUCCCGGAGCCAGGAUGCCCGGCAGCGACACGGCGCUCACCGUGGACCGGACCUACUCGGACCCGGGCCGGCAUCAGCGCUGCAAGAGCCGGGUGGAAAGGCAUGACAUGAACACCCUGAGCCUUCCCCUCAACAUCAGGCGUGGGGGAUCAGACACAAAUCUCAACUUCGAUGUCCCCGAUGGCAUCCUGGACUUUCACAAGGUCAAGCUCACAGCAGACAGCUUGAAGCAGAAGAUUCUAAAGGUGACCGAGCAGAUCAAAAUCGAGCAGACAUCUCGCGAUGGCAACGUGGCCGAAUACCUCAAACUCGUGAACAGCGCAGACAAGCAGCAAGCCGGGCGCAUCAAGCAGGUGUUUGAGAAGAAGAAUCAGAAGUCAGCCCAUUCCAUCGCCCAACUCCAGAAGAAACUGGAGCAGUACCAUCGGAAGCUCCGGGAGAUUGAGCAGAACGGGACGCCACGUGCUGCCAGGGACAAUGCCAAGGACAACUCGAGGGACGGCCAUGGGAAAGCUCGGCCGGCCGGCCAAGGGAUGGAGAGUGGCAAGUCGGGCAUGCCGGGAGUCUCCCUGACACCACCCAUGUUUUUCAACAAGUCCAGGGAGUUUGCCAACUUGAUCCGAAAUAAAUUUGGCAGCGCCGACAACAUCGCCCACCUGAAGAGCUCCUUGGAAGAGUUCAGGACGGAUGCCAGCUCUAGGGUCUAUGGGGGCAGUGCCACCAUUGUGACCAAGCCGAAAUAUGGCAGCGAUGACGAGUGUUCCAGUGGCACUUCAGGCUCUGCGGACAGUAAUGGCAACCAGUCCUUCGGGACUGGCGGGACAAACACUCUGAGCAGUCAAGGGAAGCUGGCCAUGAUCUUGGAGGAGCUGAGGGAGAUUAAAGAGACUCAGACCCAACUGGCCGAGGACAUUGAAUCUCUCAAGGGGCAGUUCAAAAGAGAAUACAGCUUCAUUUCUCAGACCUUGCAAGAGGAACGCUACAGGUAUGAGAGACUAGAAGACCAGCUCCAUGACUUGACAGAUCUUCACCAGCAUGAGACCACCAACUUGAAGCAAGAACUGGCCAGCAUAGAAGAGAAAGUGGCCUACCAGGCUUAUGAAAGGUCUCGAGAUAUUCAGGAAGCAUUGGAGUCCUGCCAGACCCGCAUCUCUAAGCUAGAACUCCAUCAGCAAGAGCAGCAAGCCCUGCAGACCGACACUGUGAACGCCAAAGUCCUCCUGGGCAAGUGCAUCAACGUGAUCCUAGCCUUCAUGACAGUCAUCCUUGUGUGUGUGUCCACCAUUGCCAAGUUUGUCGCCCCCAUGAUGAAGAGCCGCUUCCAUAUCCUGGGCACCUUCUUUGCCGUCACGCUUCUCGCCAUAUUUUGUAAAAACUGGGAUCAUAUUCUGUGCGCUAUAGAGAGGAUAAUAAUACCAAGAUGAAUCUCUUUGUUCUGGCUUCACGUUCUUUUGAGAAAGUAACCUUUUCCACAGAGACUAACUACCAAAUUUUUACAAAAGAGCUGUUGUGCCCACUGAAUGGCAGCUUCAAGAGGACUCAAGCUGUAACCUGUAAAUAAUUGCAAUUCUCUUAACUAGAUAGCAUUGCCUAUUUCGUCGCUGUCCAUGGUUAG